AUGGCUGGAGCUAAUAAAAGACUACGACUGCAUAAUCAAUUAUCACCCCGGGAAAGCCACGUGGUUGCGAAUGCCUUAAACAGAAAAUCAAGAAGUGAGAUAGCGUGCUUAAAAGCCUUGCCCCAUAAUCUGAAGAUGGACAUUGAGAAGCUCGAUAUGGAGAUUGUGAUAGGAGAGGUACAAGUGUUAAUGGCAAAACUCGAGAUUAAACCCACGCUACUAGAGGACAUCCGCAUGGCCCAAGAAAAAGAUGAGGAGAUCAUUCGAAUUAAGGAGAGAGUCAACAAGGGUCAAGCUUUGGGAUUUUAUGCCACAUCUAAUGGUUUGUUCAGAUACCAGAAUCGACGAGACAUUGCUGAAUUCAUAGAGCGAUGCUCGACAUGUCAACAAGUCAAAGUGGAACAUCAAAAGCCUGCACGACCAUUGCAACCUCUAGAGAUACCGGUAUGGAAAUGGGAAGGAAUAGCCAUGGACUUUUUAGUGGGGUUACCACGAACUCAGGCUGGGUAUGAUGCAAUAUGGGUGAUUGUGGAUAGGUUGACUAAAGCAGCUCAUUUCAUACCAAUAAAGGUGAAGCACUCACUCGAGAAGCUGACAAAAAUUUAUUUACAGGAGAUUGUUCGAUUACAUGGGGUACCAAAAUCAAUAGUGUCGGAUAAAGAUUCUCGUUUUACGUCAAGAUUCUGA